GUGAAUUGAGUGGAGGCGAUUGGAUUUCGCCCUUUUGAUGAACGCGCCAGCGCCACUGCACCAGGUGGUGCUGGCGGGCGAUUUGUGAGUCGAGUCACACCUCCGCUGGUCCCCACAUCCCAUUAGGUCAAAAAUAAGACCCCGCCUUUGGACGGUCGCCUUUGUCCCCUCGACCCGUCGCUGUAGAAAGCACACCUGCCCUCCUCGUCCUCUUCGGGGAUCUUCAAUAUUUUUUUCGAGAUACCAGAAUCGCCUGCGCCAAACCCCCCUUUUUUCUCCAGACUCGUCCCUCGAAUCCGUCAAAAUGCCCAAGAACAAGGGAAAGGGAGGUAAAAACCGACGGAGAGGAAAGAACGAGAACGACAAGGAGAAGCGCGAGCUCGACACGAUAGACCUCGAGGAUGCGGAGCAGGAGGAUCUUGAAUACGCCCAGAUCAUCACUGCCUACGGCGGCUGCAAGUUCGAUGCCGUCUGCUACCGUCCCACAAGCGAGGCCAAGACCGACUGGGGCUCCGAGAAGAGGGUACUCCACGUCCGUGGAAAGCUCCGAAAGAAGCAGUGGGUCAAUGUCGGCGACAUCGUCAUCUGCUCCAAGCGCGAGUUCGAGCCUGCCAAGGGCGACAUUAUCCAGAAGUACACCAGCGACCAGGCUCGUGAACUGAAGGCGGAGCGCCACAUUCCCCCCUACGUCCAGAUCAACACUGCCGACACGGGUGGUGACGAGCGUGGAGAUGACCCGGGAAUCGAGUUUGGUGCCGACGACGACUCCAGCGAGGAAGAGGGCCCAACAAACAAGCGGGAGAUCGACAUCGACGACAUUUGAGGGGGUCGUUUACGAACCAAACCUCAUUUCGGCAUGGCUGUCUCCAUGGAACCCACCCUCAGUGCGCAAGGGGCUCACAGAGAGAUGCUCAUGGAACCUUCCCAGAGAAGCUCGGCCGAGAAGGCCGCGGCGAUGUCACUCGCAGAGUGCUCACUCGUUUCGUGUCUAUCUGGCCUUGCUGGUCCGCCUUUGUGGACAUUGGAUGGCUUUGGUGCCUGGACUCGAUAUUCGAGGGCGAAAAUGUGCAUAGUUGGAGGUCGGAGCCGGAGUUACGAAGCACAGGAUUCAUUCUGCAUAUCGGCGUCCCUCAACAUUCCGAGUAGUGGGUUAUGCUGGAUUGUGUGUUGCAACGUGCCAUUU